GGGGAUCAGAGCUGCGGUCACGCGCUCCAUCGCUAUUUAAACUCCGCGAGCUCUCGAUCCUCCACCGAGAACAGAUUCAUCAAACAUAACCCGACUGAUGAGACGAUGUGGGAACUUUUGCUGUAGUUUUUGGAGAUAGUUGGACACUGUUGAAUAAGUUUGAUAUAUGAAUUGUUUCUGAGAGAACUUGGUGGUUUUGGCUGUUUUUGACGCGAUCUGUUGAUUUCUUGGAGACUAUUUGGAUAUUAUUGAUUGCUUUGCGACUUCCCGCCGGUUUUGGUCAUGAUGCGGAGAUCAUGCAGAGGAAUGCUGCUGCUCGUGCACGCGCUGGGGCUCGUUCGCGCUCAGUUCCCGCGCGCGUGCGUGACGGCGGAGGGCCUCGGGAGCGCGCAGUGCUGCCCGUCCCCGUCCGCUCUGGAGAGUGACCCGUGCGGCGCGCGCUCCGGGCGCGGGCAGUGCGUGGACGUGCGCGCGGAUGCGCGUGCACACGGCCCGCAGUACCCGUACGACGGGCGCGACGAUCGCGAGCGCUGGCCGCGGCGCUUCUUCACGCGCGCGUGCCGCUGCAGCGGGAACUUCGGCGGCUUCGACUGCGGCGGCUGCGCGCACGGAUUCACCGGAGACGCGUGCGAGCGGCGCGUGCCCGUGGUCAGGAGGAAUGUGAUGCAGCUCAGCGCGGAGGAGAAGCGUUUCUUCGUGAAUGCUCUGGAUCAGGCCAAGCGCACGCCUCACCCGGACAUCGUGAUCGCGACCCGCCGGUACGCAGAGAUCCUGGGGCCGGACAACAGCACCACGCAGUUCCAGAACAUCAGCAUCUAUAACCUGUUCGUGUGGACGCAUUAUUACUCGGUCAGCAAGACGUUCCUGGGGGCCGGGCAGGACAGCUUCGGCGGAGUGGACUUCAGUCACGAGGGGCCCGGGUUCCUCACCUGGCACCGCUACCAUCUCCUGCAGCUGGAGCGAGACAUGCAGGACAUGUUAGGAGACCCGAGCUUCGCUCUGCCGUACUGGGACUUCGCCAUCGGCGGCAGCGAGUGCGACAUCUGCACAGACGAUCUGAUGGGCGCGCGCAGCUCCUUCGACAUCAGCUCCAUCAGCUCCAACUCCAUCUUCUCACGCUGGAGGGUCAUCUGUGAGAGCGUGGAGGAGUACGACACGCUGGGGACCAUCUGCAACAGUUCGGAGAGCAGUCCCAUCCGCAGAAACCCCGCCGGUAACGUGGCUCGUCCCAUGGUGCAGCGGCUGCCGGAGCCACAGGACGUGGCGGCGUGUUUGGAGCUGAACGCCUUCGACGCUCCACCCUUCUACUCCACCUCCUCCGACAGCUUCAGGAACUCCAUCGAGGGUUACAGCGCUCCUCAGGGGAACUACGACCCCGCGGUCCGCAGCCUGCACAACCUGGCGCACCUGUUCCUGAACGGGACGGGCGGACAGACGCACCUGUCGCCCAACGACCCCAUAUUCGUGCUGCUGCACACCUUCACCGACGCCGUGUUUGACGAGUGGCUGCGCAGACACGCUCCCGAUGCUUCUGUCUAUCCGCUGGAAAACACGCCCAUCGGACACAACCGAGAGUUCAACAUGGUGCCCUUCUGGCCGCCGGUGACCAACGCAGAGAUGUUCGUGACGGCGGCCGAAAACCUGGGAUACUCCUAUGAGGCCGAGUGGCCAGUCCCACGGAGUUACACCAUUUGUGGCCUCAUAUAUAUGCAGAUUCAUUCUCUGCCAGCGGGAGGCGCUGUUGGAGAGCUCGAGGUUUCCCUGGUAACGCUGCACACAAAGCAGAGCUCCGCUCACAAACACUGCUUAACGGACAUUACAUGCGAGAUUAAAUGAAAAUGACCUCCACGAUUUUCUGAAGACAGUCGGUUUCCUUCAGAAAUACAGUGAUAUAAACACACCGGCACCGGGCUUCGAUUUUGUAACGUGCGGAGCUCAACCAAGCGUUCUCCCGCCAACCAUUCAAAUUUCCAUAGGCGGGAUUUAUUUUAAUGAUAUUCUAAUGGACAAUUUGUGAUGUCACCAAUACAGGAAAACAACGCUGUAGUCCAAACGAGCCGUUCGUUGUGGUUCUUGAAAAGGGAUUUUUUUCUCCCUUUGGAGUGGACUUUGAGAUUUGUAACUCUGUAGAUCUUUUUAUGCCCAAACAUACACACUACACACUGACUAACAUUCAAAAAGUGAAAAAGCAUAAUAGGACCCCUUUAAAACUGGUCAAGGUCAAUACUAGUUAGCACCGGUCAAUAUUAGUUAACACCGGUACAUAGUAGUUAGCACUGGUCGACACUAGGUAACAGUGGCGGGCUGCGUCUGAAAUCGCAUACUACUCGUGUAGGUACUACAUUUGAAUUCGAACGUACUACUCGACCGUUAAAAAAGUACGUUCUAUAUAUGAGGGUAGUAUGAAUGGAAUUCAGACGUACUACAUCCUCCAUGUUGAUGUUGUCACGCCGUCUUCACAACAGCGCGAAAAUUUAAAGAGCCCACUUCACUGCGCGAACAUUGUUAAUGAUUUCAAUUCUUACCGCUUAACGAACCGUCUGUUUAAAGAAAGCAGCGUUAACAAGCUGAUGUACUACAUUGAGGUUAACGUAACUCCAUCUGAUCGGUAAUGAUUAGAGAUCUUUUUACACACAAUUCACAAAAUCGUUUCAUCUGUUUGUUAAUUUUUCGAAUUUCGAAUUUCCGCCAUUUUUCGAAUGUGACGCGGCCUCAUGGGACAGUAAAGUGUCCAUCGUUUGCCUACUACAGAAUUCAGGCGGAAGCAGUACGUCAUCCGGGUACUUCUCGCCUACUGUUUUUCGAAUACUAUGAAUUUGGACAUACUAACGUUAUAUAGUAGGGAAGUAUGCGAUUUCGGACGCACCCGCAGUGUUUUGUAGUUGUAGAGCUGCUGAUGUGACUCUCUCUCUCUCUCUCUCUC